GUCCAGGGAGGGGAGCUGCCUCCCUGGGCCUCUCUCCUCUCUCAACAGGGGACAAGGACUAUCUGAGCAUGUCCGAGCUAAUCGGCAGCAGCUGUCCCUUGUCCCCAUGGCAGCUUUAGUCCCCUUCUGGCCUCUUCCACACACAAUUCCCAUCCCAUUCCCCUCCCCGUUCUUCUGGCUAUUGUCCUUAAUUCCCAGAGGGGUUUCUUUGCCCUCUCCUCCAGCUCCUUUGUGCUUCCUGCAGCUUCCUUCCCUCCACAAAACAUUCUGCACCCUCUCACCACACUGACCCUUCCAAAGGUCUUGGAGUGCCCUAUGCCACUAGAAUUGUGCACUGAUCAGCUUUUCCAGCUUUUUAAUUGUGUUUGUAGCAGAAAUCAUCCCCCCUCUUUGUUUCUCCAUCCUUUAUUUCCCCACCUUCACCUUGUAGAGCCAGGUUUGAGGUCAGCCACACUCAAACCUUAACUCAUCUUUGUUCCCACAAAGCUUUUUCCUUUUUUUUGCCGAGUAAUGGUGAAUAUGUGGAUUAAGUCCUUGUUUCUGCUGUGUUGUCUCCCUAGGGGAUGGAGCCAGGGUAGGUUGGCUGGGUGCAAACCCCAGAUCUCAAGCCAGCCCAUCGCAGCUCUGUUCCCCACUGGCACAUGCAAAUCCCAUGGUGUCCUAAUCCCUGUAGCUUGGCACUGUGGCAGCACAGGACCCCAUUCCCAAUGUAUCCAGCUGAACCAUUUUCAUCCAUGCCGGAGGGAAGGGCUUCCCAACGGAAGUGGAUAACCGUGGGAUCAGCCUUUCAUGAAGCUGUGAAUGGCUCUUUGGCAGCUGAGCAGCUCCAGGCAUCAACACGGACCCAAGGCACAUGAUGGUCAGAUGGGGUCUGUGUCCCCGCCUGCCUGGGAUCCCUGUGGCACCAGGCUCUGCAGUGUCCCAUUUAAUCAUGUCUUUGACGAUUCAUAUCAGAUCCCAUGCCUGCCCCAUGGCGAAACACCUUCCCCGGGGCUCUGGGGCUGGGACCCCUCCCAGUUCCAAUGUGUGGGGCAGCUUUGUUCCUGCAGUGGGCAGGGUCUCAUGGGGGUCCCCAGGGUGUGUGGACACCCCAGGGUGUAUGGAUGACCCCCAGGGCACAUGAACCCCUGUAGGACAUACAGGCCUGCAGGGCACAUGGGACCCCUCAAGUCACACAGUCCCCCAGAGUGCCUCCAGCAUAUCUAGGACCCCAGGACAUAUGGAGACUCGAGGUGCCUCGUCCCCCCAGGGCACAGAGGACCUCUAUGGCACACAACCCCCCACAGUGCAUGACCCCAGGGAUGCAUGGACCCUCCCAGGGCAUUUAUGACUCCUGGGCACAUGGUGACCCCAAGCAGUCACGUCCACCAGGGCCAUCCUGGAGGUCUGGCAGCCCUGGCCUUGGCAGUGGCCCCACUCGCUGCCAGGGUGCCACCGUCAUGCAGAUACCCACCCUCCUCGGGAGGAGGAGCCACGAGAGUCGGCUUUAAAAUGGGGUAGAGAAAGGGCCCUUUCUUCCCAGCACCCUGGGCCGGCGGGCGUAGGACGUGGGGCAGCGCUGGCACAGAGAGUGGCUGCCACGCUGGGGGGUCCCGGCGGGCACGCGACACCCUCGGCACACCCCACACCUCCCAUCCCCAGUUCCUCUGUGUCCCCUCGGCCUUGCCGCCGGGCGCCACAGGAGCACUGGCGGGGCACAACAGGGGCUCGAGGGGUGUGUGGGUGCCACAGGGUGCCCCGGGGCUGAGGCAGGGGCCAUGUCGACACUGGCCCCCCUGCGUCUGCUGCGCGAGCCCUGGAACGCCAGCGAGGGCAACCAGAGCAACACCACAGUCGGAGCCAGCAGCGGCUGGUGCCAGGGGCUGGACAUUCCCAAUGAGCUGUUUCUGGCACUUGGGCUGGUGAGCCUGGUGGAGAACCUGCUGGUAGUGGCUGCCAUCCUGAAGAACAGAAACCUGCACUCACCCACCUACUACUUCAUCUGCUGCCUGGCGGUGUCUGACAUGCUGGUGAGCAUCAGCAACCUGGCGGAGAUGCUCUUCAUGCUGCUGCUGGAGCACGGGGUGCUGGUGAUGCGCCCCAGCAUUGUCCGCCACAUGGACAACGUCAUCGACAUGCUCAUCUGCAGCUCUGUUGUGUCCUCCCUCUCCUUCCUGGGGGUCAUCGCUGUUGACCGCUACAUCACCAUCUUCUACGCCCUGCGCUACCACAGCAUCAUGACGCUGCAGAGGGCUGUGGUGACCAUGGCCAGCAUCUGGCUGGCCAGCACCGUCUCCAGCACCGUCCUCAUCACCUACUACCACAGCAACACCAUCCUCCUCUGCCUCAUCAGCUUCUUCCUCUUCAUGCUGAUCCUCAUGCUGGUGCUCUACAUACACAUGUUUGCCCUGGCCCGCCACCACCUCCACAGCAUCUCCAGCCAGCAGAAGCCUCCCACUGCCCACCACGGUGGCAGCCUGAAGGGCGCUGUCACCCUCACCAUCCUCCUGGGGGUCUUCUUCAUCUGCUGGGGGCCCUUCUUCUUCCACCUCAUCCUUAUUGUCAUCUGCCCCACCAACCCCUUCUGCACCUGCUUCUUCAGUUACUUCAACCUCUUUCUCAUCCUCAUCAUCUGUAACUCGGUGAUUGAUCCCCUCAUCUAUGCCUUCCGGAGCCAAGAGCUCCGACGGACGCUGCGGGAGGUGGUGACGUGCUCCUGGUAGGCAGCGGGACGCGGUACCGGCACGGCCAUCCCUGCCCCGAAACGGACGGAUAGAUGGACUGGUGAAUGGAUGGGAUGAGCCGCGGGAUGCCCCCGUCCGGGCUCGCAGCUCGCGGUUCCCAAUAAAGGCUCUUUGCAGUGACGCUGUGGCUGGCAUCGGGCAGCCCCGGGCAGCCCCGAGGGGGACGGCCCCUCCCUGCCUA